GGCACGGAAAACAACAGAUAGAGAAUUCGCGGUCAGUCAGUCUCUCACUCUGCUUCUCUCCAGCCACUGGGCCGUCACCCGAACCAGCAGCUCUAUCACACCCUUGUGUCGCUUCUGCCCCCGACCCCGCCCACUUCCCCUCCCCCUCUCUCUUCUUGCCAACGCACCUUUCCGCCUUUCUCCUUUCUGCCUUACCGCCUCCUGACCACCAACACCUACUGCAUGAGCCGUGCCUUCCAUUCUUUUUUUCUCCCGCCUGGCGUCGUUUUCAUGCUCCUGCUCCUGCUCAUGCACCUCCACGACACUGCCGACGCUCCGUCGCUGCCUGAAUGGCAGGCCCGGGUCGGUGUGCCCCCUCCCCGGCACCACAAGACACGCCCGCACGUGGCGCACACCGGUGUUGUCUGAGUGGGAGGGGGAGAAAGAGUCGUUGUCGAUGAUGAUGUCCAUCCGCUCCUGAUCUUGGUCCUCGUCUGCUGCGUGUGGGCUGGGCGGCUCGGGCGGUGUGGGGAAGGAGUAGUCGGACUCGCCGUCGUUGGCGCUGCUGCCGCUGGAUGAGAGGUCUUUGGAUCGCCUCCCGGCGCCACCAGCAGCAGCGGGACCUCCGUUUGGUCGGUCUGACGGGGGAGGGGAGUAGGCUGCGAGCCGGUCGUUCAGGAGAGACGCCAGCCUGUGCAUGGAGUGAACACGCGAAUGAGAGACGAAAUCGCAGGGAACCGUGUCUCUCCUUCUCACUCUUGCAGCUUGUUGAACUUGGCCUCCAAUCUCUCAAUGUCCACGGAUGCCACGUCGUCUCCCGCUUCAGUACCAUCGUUGCUGUCGCCUUCGCUAUCAUCACCAGUACCAUUCGUCGCGUCUUGCCUCUCGCCGUCCAUCGGCGGCAGCUUCGCACAUAUCGACUUGAAUUCGCUUGCAAGAGAGGCAAAGAUGGAUUGGUAGUGCCUGAGACCGGCACGAGUCAUCGGGAUGGCGUCGGCCUCGGAAGGCCGGAUGGCCCGGAGCCUCUCCAUGUCGCCGAGGGCGGCUGAUGUUGCUGAUGCUGCUGCUGGGGUGCGUGCUGAUGACAUGCCCGACGAGGAGCUGAGGUUGAAGUGGUGUGGGACGCGGGGGGACUUUUUGAGCACCUCGCGGGCUGUGGACAGCCCUCCCACGGCCUGGCGGGACUCCUCCUGCAUGCGACGCAAACAGACAACAGAUUGCACGUGUCUGCCCCGCCCGUCUCUCUUUCUCCUGAUUCUCACCAUGAAUGAGUUGAUCUGUUGUCUGAGAUUCUGCAGAUCCGAAGCGAGCCUGAAGAACCAGAACAACACGUACAGAUGCCCAUCAGUCAGUCUGCCUUGUCCAGACUUACAACAAGCGUGACGGCCUCCAGUUGGGGCUGGACGAAUCGUCAUGGUGCUUUUUGCCCUUGAGCUGCGUCAGUAGCGCAUCGAAAUCCUGACGAGAGAAAGAGGCAUCCGACACAUUGUAGCUACAAUGAGAGCCAUGCCAGAGUGCAUUUCACCUGGAGGGCGCCGAUGAUCUUGCUCAGCCCCUCUGUGUCCUGAGAUAUCGUUGCGAAGAGGAUGGACGGCCGCGAAGAUGGCAGGGGUGCCAGGUUUGAGGGCGAGGUCGGCUUGUCUGUCGACGCGAAGGUCAAAUUCAGCCUUGGAAUCUUUGGGGAUGCCAUCGACGGGAGGGAAG